UUUCUGUAAAGAUUAUAAAUCUAAAAAGUUCUAGGAGGCGGGUUUUGUUGAAUUUUAUACAUCCAAUUGAAGAAAUAUUCUGAUGCCAGGUAUGUUUCCGCCAUUGAAAAUAACUAGAGUUAGUUACCAUCUGAAAAUGGCAAAAUACCCAUUACAAGUUCCAUGGUUGACCCACCUAGCAAGCAACAUACUCAACCUUGGUUCCAACCAUGAGCUCAGAAAGCCAUAGAUUACCUUCCACCCUCCUCCAUUGAUGCCACCCUUCGCCGCAAAGUUGCAGAUCUCCACCUCCUCCACAGUCAUGAUUCUCUCCUUUCUCCUCCUCCUCUUUUUUCAACCUUCUCCGAUCACUUCCCAAGAUCUGGUCCCGAAGAAUACAAUCAACGUUUUCCUCCUCGCCGGGCAGAGCAACAUGGCAGGCCGCGGAGGAGUGACAGGAGACAACACCGUCACCAACAACGCCACAUGGGACGGCGUCGUUCCUCCUCAGUGCCAACCGAACCCAUCUAUACUCCGGCUGAGCUCGGACCUGGUCUGGGUUCAAGCCCACGAGCCGCUCCACGCGGACAUUGAUGUGAGAAAGACGAACGGGAUCGGACCCGGAAUGUCCUUCGCCAAUGCGGUUUUGACCAGGGAUCCCGGUUUCGGAUUGGUGGGUCUGGUGCCUUGCGCGAUCGGUGGGACUAAUAUUAGCGAGUGGGAGAAAGGUGGGUUCCUUUACGAGCAGCUGGUGCGGAGGGCUCAGGCGGCUCAACGGAGCGGCGGAGUGUACAGGGCAGUGCUCUGGUAUCAAGGUGAAUCCGAUACGGAGAUUAAUGAGGAUGCCGAGUUGUAUGGGAGCAGAUUGAUUAGGUUCUUCACCGAUCUAAGAUCUGAUCUCCAGGAUCCUAUUCUUCCCAUAAUCCAGGUGGCGUUGGCAUCAGGAGGAGGGCCUUACGUAGACAUAGUGAGAAGAGCUCAGUUGGGAGCAAAGUUGGUAAACAUGCAAUGCGUGGAUGCGAAAGGGCUGCCGCUCGAGCCAGACGGUCUGCACCUCACAACUCCAGCGCAGGUUCGAAUAGGGGAGACUAUGGCUGCUGCUUUUCGUCAAACCCAGUCUUCCCUCCCCACCACCACCACCACUCCUAUUCACACUAUCAGUUCUUCUCCUACUUUUAAUUUCAAAUUUUCCUCUAAUUAUUAUUAUUUCUUAAUUAUAUCUCUAUCGAACGUGUUUCAUGGUUUCAUAUAACAUAUUUUAUCAUUGUAGAAUUAUUUAUAGCCUCUUUGUUUUUCUUAAUUUUAUAAAAUA